GUGUAGUUCAUAAAGGUUGCAGCGUGUAUGUUGGGAUGAAGUGUGAAUUCAUGCCAGGAAUAAUAAGUGUAAAGUUUGAUUUCCUCCCUUCUGUAAUAAGCAGCCAAUUAAGUAUUUUUCCUUUAUUCAUGUGUUUAAUAUGAUACUGUUAUCGCGCCGGUUAAACUGUCACGUAUGUAAGCAUUUCAGAGUUAUACCAAGCUAAUAAGUCACUCGUAAGAUAAGGAGGUUGUAAGAGUGUGCUUAACUGUAUUUUUCAUUUACUUUAUAGUUCUCACGGAAGGUGAUAAUUCUGACUAAAACUACAGAAUAAAGCCGCCAGUUAAAAUCAAGGAACGGUUGUGCUCGUGGUUACUGAAGGGAACUACAUCUUCUGGUGCGCCAUUCAACCCCUCAACCCUUUUCACAGCUGCUGCAUAUGAAAUGCUCUGUACAGCCCUGACUUUGGCCACCUCCUUCUCUUCGACCCUUGUGGGGCAUUCGGAAGAGGUUGCUUCGUGGUUCCCACCUCAAUUGCAACAUUUCACAUAUUCAUCACUUUUAUAAUACAUAAUAUGAUAUUUUCCAAAACUUGGACAUCUCGGCUUCUCCCUUCUGCAACCACUUGAUACCUGACCAAAAAGCUUUACAGUGAUCACACUACAUUGGCCUUGGGAUAAAUGCUCUGACUCAUAUCAGACAAUUAACAACAUCCAAAGGUGAAAUAACAGGAUUGCACAACCUGUGAUAAUUAAGGGUCACAUUACUAUUGGCUCACAGUUGUCACAUGGUUCACGCACGCUGAGAAAAAGGAAUUAUGUAAAAAUUCGCUCACUCAACUGGGUUGUAAAAUCAUAAAUCCAAACAGUUGCAAAACGUUUGUCAAAUAAAACGAGAGUUUCUAUUGGACAAAAUCAUGUAGGUCCCGCCCUAUUUCUUUACGUUGUGCAACAGAUUCUUCAUAAUGAAAACAACCCCAGCGACACACGGUCUGGGUGCAAUCUAGUAUGCAUAAUUCCAAACCUCGGGACAUAUUCAACACACUGUUUCAUUGUUUAGCCAGAUCAGUGUUCCAACUCUCAACAUGAAGAUACCAGUUGUUGAUUUUGGAGCAUACAAGUUAGGGGGAAACGAUGUUUCAGGCGAGCAGUUAGAGAUCCUGAGCAGGCAGUUGAAAACGGCCUUUACGGAAGUGGGAUUUGUUUAUCUGAAGAAUACUGGGAUAGUACAACAAGACGUGGAUGAGGUUAUGAACAUAUCCAAGAAAUUCUUUCUGCAACCAGACGAAAUGAAACUGCCUUUCAGCAGGAAAAGUUUCUCUAAUAAUCCUAACCAUGGCUGGGUGUCUUUGGAGACAGAGAGUUUAAAUCCCAAGAGACCAGGAGACCUAAAGGAAGCCUUCAACACUGCAUCCCUUCAUCCAGACAUAAAAUGGCCAUCGUGGGAUGGAGGGAAUGGAUUCUUUGAGGUUCAGUCGUCGUUCUUCCUGCGCUGUAAGGACCUGUGUCUCCGGGUGCUUCGUGUGAUGGCCUACAGUCUGGGCCUGGAGGCUGAGGUCUUCCUAAGUGCACACAGACACAUAGGGAGUGAUAAGAACAGCAGUACCCUGAGGUCGCUGUAUUACCCCUCGGUGAGGAGUGACAGGGUGAAGGAGGGCCAGCUGCGCUGUGGAGAACACUCGGACUAUGGCAGCAUCACCCUGGUCUUCCAGAGUCAAGAGGGUGGCCUGCAGGUGCGUACCAGGUCAGGGGAGUUCAUCUCCGCUCCCAGCAUCCCUGGGACAGUACUGAUCAACAUAGCUGACCUGAUGCAGAGGUGGACCAGUGAUAUUUUCCUCUCAGCGGUCCAUAGGGUUUUGCUGCCCCCCGCUGGAGACUUGAGCACACGGCAGUCCCUGGCUUUCUUUGUGCAGCCAGACGAUGAAGCCCUCAUCACCUGUUUUGACGGGUCCGACAAAUAUCCCCCUGUGAAGUCAGGGGCCUAUCUCAUGGAACGCUUCAAUGACUCUUAUGGGAGGAAGUGACCUUUAUCUAUCCAGCAUUCAUUAUUUUGUGUUAUGCAAUUAUGUCGGUGAAACAGAAUGUCAGUAAAAAUAUAAUUUCCUUUUAAAUCCAUGAAGUGAGGUGGGAGAGAGAGAAUCAGAUAAAGUUGUGGAGAUGAAGAAAUAUGUGGACAAAAACCCUCCAGGUACAGAUACUGUAUGUAGAACCAUAGUAAAGACCAGUAUGGACUAUCAAUACAGAUACUGUAUGUAGAACCAUAGUAAAGCCCAGUAUGGACUAUCAAUACAGAUACUGUAUGUAGA